AUGGGUGAACGAGACGUAUUUCCCCAUGUUGGUCGCAAUACUAUGAUCCAGCUUCCUGGGUGUCGGCACGAUGUUUAUCCCAUUGUUACUGGAACUUUUGGUGGAGUGGACUUUCUUCACUCAGUCAUGGGAGAAUUCUCUGACAAGGCAACGCAAUCUGAGAUUCAAUGCCUCGAGGGUGCUAUCGAGGAAACUCAAAACCAAGGGAAUGCUAAAAGCUUCCUCCAAGAGCUCUUAGCUAAAAUUCCUUCAGGCAUUAUCGGUGGAAACGAGUCAGGAAAGAUGGACGAGUUCCAGAGCAAUGCACAAGCCCAGGCACAACAAGAAAAUAUUACACCACACGAACCUGAAGAGUGGACUCGCUACCUUCAAGAUGUUACCCGACAGAUUUACCCGGUUCUAGAAUGGCACGACAACAUCCUAAAGUCAAUCAACAAGGCCGUUGAAAACAUUCCCGUUCUUCCAGAGUUGAUUGAGCAGAUUCAAGAGCAGAUUAACGUUUUCGUUUUUAGUGUCCUUGCUCCCUACGUAUUACCAAUCAUCAAUCAAGUGAAAGCAGAGUUGGAAACUGGCUCUUCCGAAAUUAUCCAAAGCAGCAAGAGAGAACAGCUCAAUAUCUUCAAUGACGAUGACGCAACUGAUCCCACUCACUCUAUGUUGUCAAAGGAUCAUUUCUCUAACCUGCUGAACGAACCGGCGGGUAAGAUUGCUCAGGAAGUAGUUAAAUGGGUUGUUCCUCAGAUAAUGGAGUGCUGGGAUGAUGAGAACGUUGAUGUGAACCGCACAUUGAACAGGAUCAUUACUGGUGUUUUCCACCACCCUGCUCACCGAGAUUUCGGUGAUGAUGGGGCUGCAGAUGUCCGUCGAAUGAUGUUUGGUGCAGUUGAAGAAUGGUGGCAAGAAAAGGGCGAUGAUGGGGUCAGAAGGCAGUUAAGUCGAGAGGGGGUUAGGAAAGGAGAGAACCAUAAACCCGGUAUCCACGACUGUGGCCAUGGAAGUGGCGUGCCUCUGAAGCUGUCUAAAAAGUCUCACGGACAUGGUGCUAGCGGUGGUUACGGGCGAGGACGUCAAGCAAACGAAUUAAGCAAGCUUGCAGAAGAAGCCGUUGGUGGAGGUGCAAUUGGUGGAUUGGUGGGUGGUCUUGCAGGUGCCCUUGGGCAGGCCCUUGGGGAAGAUAAUUCCAGAAAAGACCAUGGCCGCCAGGACUACGACAGUCAUGGCGGGCAUCAUCAAAAGCAUGAUCAACCCACCUACCAUCAGUCCAGCGGAUAUCAGCAACCUUCUAGAUACGAGCAGCAAGGAGCGGGGCGAUAUGAACAAGGAGGAUACCAAUAUGGAGGAGGACACCAGCAAUCUGGAUAUGAGCAAUCUGGAUAUGAGGGCCGUCAAUCCGACUAUGGCCAAUCUGGCAGGUAUGAUCAGCCAUCGGAGACCAGAUACGGCCAAGGCUAUGGCGGCGGUGGAAAUACUAGACGAGGGGAUUAUGACGAGCAAAGGACCUAUGAAGCUAGACAUGAUCAAUCUAGUAGACCUGGAGGGUUAGCUAGCGAGUACUACGAGGCUCAAGAAUACUCUGGAUCUUCUAGCCGUUAUGGAGGCCGAGAGAGCAAGUAUUCUCAGCGAGAGCACGAUUACUCUUCCAGCCGCUAUGACGACCAGGACUCAAGGGUAUCUCAAAGGGAGCAUCGGUAUUCGUCUGGCCGCUACGAGGAACAGUCUAGAUAUGCCCGCAGAGAUAACGACGAGUAUGGUCGUGGAUCGCGAAAUUAUGAAAGCUCCCAUUAUGGAACAGACGAGCGUCGCCGUAGCAGUCGAGAGAGAGAUCAUGGUCGCGACGACAGGUAUGAAAGACGCUAUAAAAAAGACAGUGAUGAUGACGAUGAUGACGACGACGAGGAGGAUGAUGAUGAGAGACGCCGCCGUCAUCACAAGCACCAUGGACGUCGUCGUUCUUGA